GAUGCUCCUUAAGUUAUUCUGUUUACUUAACUUUGCUUCAUUUGGGCAAUGUUACGUUCAUAUUCCAGACUUUCCAACGGGAAAAGAUUACGAAUGGAGAGUGCGCGGGGAUUUGAACAUUAUUAUACUGUAUCCGAUUAGCUCUUUUUCAUCGAUUCCCUGCUCACCACCCUUGAAUCCAACACAAGUAUUGGGUACAGAAUUAUUGACUAAAGUGUUAACAGAUUUGAAUUCAAAUGAGAAAAUUCUUCCCAAUAUAUCACUUGGAGUUACUUAUUACGAUGAUUGUGGAACGAUUAAUGGAGGAUCAGCCAGAAUUGUUCAAAUUUAUCAACAAGAUUGUUUAGAUGAUUUUGAAAAGACUAAUAAUAUUAUUGGAAUUUUGGGUAUAUUUUCUUCAAAUCAGGCAUUAUCUGUGGGAAGUUUAUCUUCCCAAUUAAAAAUUCCAGUACUAUCAACUUACGCUACAGCCGAAGGAUUGUCAAAUAAAGCUAUAUACGAGUAUUUUACUCGGCUAGUCCCAUCCGAUAAAUUUACCACCCAAGCAAUGAUGCACUUUUCGGAUUAUCAUAAUUGGAGAUAUAUUCAAUUGGUGUUUACUGACGGCAUUUUUGGAGAAAAUGCUGCAAAAGGAAUUCAAAAAUUCGCAAAAAUGAAGGGUAUUUGCGUUGCAAAUACUAUGAGAGUCGAUAGUUUCACUGAUUUCAAAGCAACUGUAGACAAACUCAUUAAGUAUGAAAAAGCUAAAGUCAUUGUAAUGUUUACAUAUCCUGGCCACGGUAAAGAGAUCAUAAGAUUAUUAAACAAAACCAAAUACUAUGAUCAUUUUACAUUUUUCGGCGCUGAUUCCUAUAGAUUUUUGGAUGGAUAUGAAAAGAUGCAAUCUAAAUCAUUCUUAUUCUUAUACACACUUGGCGAAGAUCCUAAAUUUGUUGAUCAUGUAUCAUCAUUAACUCCUUCAAUGGCUGACCAUAUAUGGAUGAAAAAACUAUGGGAACAAUUGGGUGAUUGUCAUUUUGAAACAAAUUGUUCUAAAUACGCAAAUUUUUACGAAACUAACAAAAUAACUGAUAGUAUCUUCAAAUACAUGUUCAAAUUAGGAGAUGGAAUGGAAGCGUACGCCCGUGCAUUGCAUAAUCUGAUUUCAGAUCAAUGCCCUGAAGCAUUUAAUAAUAAAACACUACUAAAGGAUUGUACAAAGGGGCCAGAUGUUUUAAAAUAUCUUCGGGAAGUGAAAUUUAGGUCGAAAACUGGUAUUAAUUAUUUCUUUGAUGACAAUGGUGACAUGUUAGGCGACUAUAAUAUAUUCUACUACUCUCCAGUAGGAAAUAAACUUGAACAAAAGUUAGCUGGAACGUGGUCAAAAAGAGGAGAGGUACUUUUGGCCUUAAAGCAGUUUCAAAUUGAAUCAAUUUGCAGUAGACCGUGUCCCAAAAAGCAUAUUUAUAUUCCGCAAGAUUUGGAGUGUUGUUGGCAAUGCAAAAAAUGCAGAGAUAAUGAAAUUGUUAUAAAAAAUAGAACCGAAUGCAAGAAAUGUCCUGAAUUCUAUUGGCCAGGUAAAAAUACAAAUUAA